UGGACGUUAGGCUAGACGAAUAGAAUACACUCAUCCCCUCCCCAAGGAGGCUGAGUGAUUCAUAAAUUGGAAAAUCGGAAACGGUUGUACACAUAACCCGGGACACAUAAAGCCAAGCGUACCCAAACACUCUUCCACACUACUACUCUCGAUCUCUGGCGCAACCCUGCUCGAGCUUUCACAUCCUCCAUCUCAAUUUCUAUACUUGGAUCGACUCAGCAUUAUCAAGAAACAAUGGUCUCGUUAUCACUUGCAACUUUAAUCAUCUUUGCUUUCCUGUAUCAGGUCGAUGCCGCCCCUACCAAAGAAAAACGCUCCCUAUGGGAGCUCGACACAGUAAUUAGCUGCUACACUGGUAGGAGUGGAUUUGACUUCAAUGGCUAUGGGUGCUGGUGUGGACUCGGGGGCAGCGGAAAGCCAGUAGAUGACGUAGACAGGUGUUGUAUGGAGCAUGAUAAUUGCUACCAGACUGUAGAAGAUGAUCAUUGUGGACUAUACUUCUCUUCGUAUCAGUAUACGAAACAAGGCUGUGCAUCAGGAAAUGGCAACAUUGUCUGUGCUGGAUCAUUGAGUGACCCAUCUACAGAGUGUGGCUUCAGACUGUGUGAAUGCGAUCGCCUUCUGGCUUCAUGUCUUCGUCGUAACCGAGACUCCUAUAAUACUGUCUUUGCUAACUUUGAGAAGAGGUUUUGCGAUGCCCGCCUCGCCCAGGCUGUCGUCAGCUACCACGUCGAUACGUCUUCGAAUUCAUCGACCACGGUGGUAGGCGGCGACGAGAGAGGCGCUUAUCAACAGGUAGCACAGAGACCUUAAAUUAUCAUGCUAAUUAGUGGUCUGUGUAGAGAGAAAUCUUGGUCUCAAAAAAUGCUUAUUUGGAGCUCUAGUUGAAUAAAGACAACAACCUAUCCAUCUCAAUUGAAAAAGAGCUUUUUGCAUAAAACAAUGUUACGUUUAAAUAAGUCCAAAAUUAAAACAAAACAAAGUCGAA